GCCAGCGUCAAGAUGAGCCAAUACUACUUCCCGAUAGUGUUCGUUGUUCUGCUGGAGAUACUGCGUCUGGCACAAUCACAUCCAUUCCUGUUCAACGCUGGAAACCAACAGCGUGCGCAGGUGGAAUGGAAAACACCGGAGGACAACUGGACGGCCGAGGCAGCACCAAGAAGCAUUUAUCCGUUGUUGCAAAAUCAGUACAACAAACAUCAACUUCCACCGACAAACCGGUACGAGAUGAUCGAAGGUGACGAGGACGAGCAGCUGCUGAGGCGGAUGAACGAGGCGCGACAAAAUGCAACCGCCCGCACGCUGUUCUACUCCACCAAGGAGGAAUCCCAUCUGCCGCCGCUGCUGACGAAGACGAUCAAGUAUUUCAACUUGCAGCAAGUCGCAUUCGAGCUGGAAACGAGCGUCAUGUCGCAGGUAUCCUGCACUGCUUGUAAGGCUGGUGCGGGUUUGCUGCAGCACUACAUUCGCACCGGCAAGAGCAAGGAGGAGAUCAUCAAGAUGAUCUACCAGUACUGUGUGAAUCUGAAGAUUCAGUCGGCGCGCGUUUGCGAAGGUGUUAGCCAACUGUUCGGGGUGGAGGUUAUUUACGUGCUGAAGCGUAUCACGAUCGGGCCGGACGAGAUAUGUAGCUUCAUCAUUGGGGAUGCCUGUGGCGACAUUUAUAAUCCGUACCACGAGUGGGAGGUCGAGUUCCCUCCAGUUCCGAAACCGGAUCCGCGUGAAUUGGGCCUGCCCAAGGAGGCCGCUCCAGUGUUCAAAGUGCUGCACCUGUCAGACACGCAUUUCGAUCCGUACUAUGCCGAAGGUUCUAACGCGGACUGUAACGAACCGUUGUGCUGUCGGUUGACGAACGGACGUCCGACGACUCCGAACGGUGCCGCUGGUAAGUGGGGUGAUUAUCGGAAGUGUGACACACCUCAGCGGACGGUGGAUCAUAUGCUGAACCACAUCGCGGACACGCACUCCGAUAUCGAUUUCAUCAUCUGGACAGGGGAUCUUCCACCGCACGAUGUUUGGAAUCAAACGAAGGAGGAGAACUUGAAGGUGCUGAAGGAGACCGUCAAGCAGAUGACGGAGAAGUUCCCUGGUAUUCCGAUCUUUCCGGCACUGGGCAACCAUGAGAGUGCACCGGUCAACAGCUUUCCGCCACCGUACGUUCAGCAGGUGGACAGUUCGAUUGCCUGGCUGUACGACGAGCUAGAUGUGCAGUGGAGACGCUGGCUUCCGGCGAGUGUGUCGCAUACGGUUCGACGUGGAGCGUUCUACUCGGUGCUGGUACGUCCUGGUUAUCGGAUCAUCUCGCUCAACAUGAACUACUGCAACAACAAGAACUGGUGGUUGUUGCUCAACUCCACAGACCCUGCUACCGAGCUGCAGUGGUUUAUCUACGAGCUACAGAGCGCCGAGUUCGCGGGUGAAAAGGUGCACGUGAUCGGACACAUUCCACCAGGUCACUCGGACUGUUUGAAGGUGUGGAGUCGUAACUACUACAAGAUUGUGUCGCGCUUCGAGAGUACCAUCACGGCGCAGUUCUUCGGCCACACGCACUUUGAUGAGUUUGAAGUGUUCUACGAUCCGCACGAUCUGAGCCGUGCGACCAGCAUCGCGUACAUCGGACCAUCAGUGACGCCGUACAAUGACCUGAAUCCGGGUUAUCGGAUUUACUACAUCGACGGUGAUCAUGAUGAAACUACGCGGCUAGUCGUAGAUCAUGAAUCGUGGAUUAUGAAUCUGAAGGAAGCAAACCUCUACGAUUAUCCGAUCUGGUAUAAGCUGUACUCGACCCGGGCAGCCUACGGCAUGAAGGGACUGAGGCCCGCAGACUGGGAUCAGCUGAUCAACAACAUGACCGACAGUAAAGAGCUGUUCGAUCUGUACUACAAGCACUACUGGAAAAACUCACCGGUCAAACCGGAGUGCGAUUAUGAAUGCCGCAAGCGCAUUCUGUGCGAUGCCAAGAGCGGGCGAUCACACGAUCGCAAGUACUUCUGCGAGGUCGUGGAAGCGAAAAUCGACGAGAGCAACAAGGGCUGGAAAGAUUGGAUCUUCAGCUCGAUUAGCUCUUCCAGCUCCGUAUCUGAAGGUGCCCAUGCCUCGGUAGCGCACGCACAUCAUGACCAAGAGGUGGUGGAAGCGUACGAACGGAACAGACGGCUGCCCAGUGUAGAGCGGGCCGCCGGGUGA